UUGCAAAGAAAACUUAUGAAGGACUUGUUUCAUCCUUACCAUAUCCAGUUACUGAAGAUAUUUUACAGUGCUGGAUCAGGAGUGAAAGGGAAAUUAUGAUGUAUUCAACAUUAGAUUCUGCUGCAAUCAGCUGGAAGACCACUUACUUUCUGACUCUUCAGUCAUAUUUUAUCCUAAGGGAUUCUCUCACUGUGGUUGGGGGGAAAACUAAAGUUACAGAAGAAAAGGCAUCUUUUGCAGAGCUUAUGAGGCUCAAUAAGCGCCUAACUGAGUUGGAAAGUAGGUAUCGAAUUGCUACUCGGUGGAAUAGGAAUGAUGCUCAGUAUGCUGAGGUGAAGAUUGCUUACCUAAAGGAAAUGCAGCAGAGACUUAAGGUGUCUCUGUGGGCUACUGUUUCAAGGAGGCAUUACCUUUUGAAAAUGAAAGCCAAGUAUGCUGAUGGCCAGAAAAUAGCCAAAAAGCUCUGCAAAGGAAUUACAAAAGAGACUUGUACAGCCAGGAAACUUCUUGAUGCACUCAAUACCAGCUUAUCACAGGCUGACGAAACAUUUGUACCCUUGGCACUAGCAGAUGUUCUAUCUCCUGUUUCUGAAUUCUGGCAAUGUCCUAACCAAGCCUCCAGUGAAAUCCCAGUCAGCAUAAAGAGGGACAUCAUAGAGGCUCAUCUGCUACUCAAAAGAUGCGAUGAAGAGCUUCUUUUGCUACAAACUGAAAUGCAUAAUGUGAUUGACUACUACAAUGAGAAGGAAAAGAAAAUUAUUUCUGUACUGCACAAGAUCACAAGUGAUGGAACAAGUCAGUUUCACAGAGGUUGCAUCUCUCUCUUAAGGAAACUUCAACUGGAAGUUGAGCUUUUUCGAUCAAUAGCUGUGUCUGCUUAUGCCUCUGUGAUUACUGUCCCAAAGUCUCACCCUUUAGUGGACGCUGGACACAUGUGUGUCAUUGAUGCGUCUGAUAGCUCAGACUCUGAGUAUGAGAGCUCAAGUGACGGUGAAUAGCUGAUAAUGAUUGGAUUAGUCAUGGAUAGCUACUGUUAUAAUUACCAACUUAAUUCAAGAUCCAUAAUCAAGAGAAUUAUUAUUUACAUCAAUGAACACUGUGGAUGAACAUAGACCAUAGAGACACAGUGGCCCCAACUAUCAUACACAUUAUAGCUAACAUUUCAGGUGAUGUAGGAGGUCUGAACAUGGUUUACAAGUCCAUGUUUCAUCUUCAUAUGACUUGUUAAUAUCCAGGGCAACACAAUCUUUAUGGUACCAUUGCUUGCACUGAUCACAUGCAAUCAUGGGCCUUGCUGUAUCAUUUGGCAUUCUGCACAUACAAUAGAGCUUUUCUGGAAUUGACUUUCUGAUUCGGGAUCCAAAUGCAAUUCGGCGUUUGCCUACUGUGGGAAAUCUGGUCAUUUUCCCUGCUUCUAGACAGAGGAGCAGGUGUUGUCGCAGCUGACUAGUGUCCCACUUACAUAGUGUAGGAUCACAGUAAUGGGCCAAUUCCGUUGCAACAGCUGCUGCAAACACUCCACAAUCAUUGGAGUUAGGCUGUCUCAUGAUAUCGGCAACAUCGAAAUGCAAAACUGAGCAAUCAGACUUGAAAAAUGAACAAACGGUUUU